AUGCCCGCUAUCAUCAACGGUACCGACGACCAGUCAAAAACGAAACUCCGCAUCGCCAUUCUGGGAUGCGGUCGGAUGGGACAACGUCAUGCUCAUAACGUACAUCACCUUACACCCCGAGCCGAGCUGGUAGCUGUCGCUGAUCCUGCCCCGGCGGCUCAGCAAUGGGUUGCAGAGAAUUUGGAAGGAGUCAAAUAUUUCUCGGAUCCCGAAGAGAUCUUCUCGAUCCCUGAGGUCGACGCUGUGAUCAUCUCCACCAUCACGAGCACACAUGCUCCCUUGACCAUUCGUGCAAUUGAGAAGGGUAUCCACGUGCUGCUGGAGAAACCUAUCUCAAUCGAUGUAGAGGAUUCUCGACCUGUACUUGAAGCUGCCACUGCCCAUCCUAAGGUUAAGGUAAUGAUUGGAUUUGUGCGACGAUUCGACACCGCAUUCAACGAGCUUUAUAAGCAUAUCGGGUCAACGCAAGCCGGUCAGCCUUUCUUGCUUAAAUCAACUACACAGGAUGCCUAUGACCCAUCUGGCUUCUUUGUCGCUUACGCUAAAGCUUCCGGGGGGAUUUUUAUGGAUUGUGGGAUUCACGACAUUGACAUGUCUCGCUGGCUCCUGGGUGUUUCAGAGUCUGGCCAAGGGAAAGGAACUCUUCACCAAUCUUCUGCCCCAGCGACCACCGAGAAGCCAACGGUCAAACGUGUAUUUGCUACUGGUCUCACGGUCCGCCAUCCUGAACUGAAAGAGCAAGAGGAUUGCGACAACGCGUUGGGUAUCGUCGAGUACGCCAACGGAUCUUCGUGCACUUUACAUCUGAGUAGAACUGGUAUGGGAGGUUACGAGAGUUUAGUGGAGGUCUUUGGCACUGAGCAGAAGCUUACGGUUGAUACCCCGGCUUCCAGCCAGCUCAAGAUUACCGAUGGGCAUGGUAGGCGGGUCGAAUCAGCACCCACGUAUAUCGAACGUUUUGGUGAAGCUUUCGUUCACGAGGUUAACGCUUUUGUAGAGUCAGUGUUGGAUGACAAACCUGUUCCGGCUACGGUUUCUGACGCUUUCCAAGCGGCACUCAUUGCUAAAGCAUUGACCGUGUCUUAUCAUACAGGAAAGCCUGUUGAGUUUGGUGAAAACGGAGAGCCAAUUGUUUAG